AUGCCAGUAGCCAUACGGAAAAGAAGUUGGGAGGAGCAUGUGACUCAUGCUUCGGGAUUACAGUACAGCUAUGAUGAUCUAGACCUGAUCUGCUGUCAUGGGGUGGACAGCGAGGGGCCUUGGGUGGGAGCAGGAUCUUCCAAACAAGGUCGACGGACGAGGUGUGCGUCCAUGCCAGAGGGCUGCCACCAACUGCCCACACAGGACCUGGCUAAGACACUUGAGGUGACAGCCUCUGUUGUGUCUGAUAAUACUGCAUCAGAACAGUUGAAGCGAAUGGAAAGUGAUGUCAAAGUUCCAGUGGAUUUGCAGGAGUCAGUUCACGGCAAUGAUGAGCUGGUGGACAAUAAUAGGGCCUCUGAAUCAGAGCAUCUCAAUAUUACAAAAAUUGGGAAGUCUGGAGAAAAUAUUUAUUGUGCAACUGGUAGCAGCAGUCACGCUGAGAAGACCAUCACUGGUGAAAUUGGCACAGAGAGUAGCCAGAGUCACAACAUCUGCAGUGACGAUAAUGUCUUUAAAAGUCCACAUAUCUCACGUGAAGAGCAACAAUGCAUCUUUAUCUCUUCAAACAAUGGGCCUCCACUGUCUAGAUCUGCUGGUGAACCGCCUGGCAAACUUCCAAAUCAUCAGGAAACAAAGGAGAGCCAUACAGAGGGUUACAGCAGACCUCCUGAAAUAUCUGGGGCUGCACUAAACCAGUCCUCUGCUGCUGAACUGGAACUUCAAACUGACCUUCCAGAGGAUGAAGAGGAAGAGAAGAUUUCCACUUCUGGCCACGCAGAAGCAGGUGUAGCCUUACCUGUUGAUUUGCUGCACAGUUCAGUUAAUAUGAUGAAGAGUGGCGAUGUGAUGUCACAGGCGAACAAAACUGUGGAUCCAGAUGUGACUUUAGUGGUGGAGGAAGUCUGUGACAAAGGAGAAACUGAAAACCGGAGCGCAGAGUCUGCUGUCCAGCUGGAUGGAUUAAAUGACCCAGAAACUCUAAAUGAAAAUGCAGGACUUAAGUCAAGAGACCCACACAGAGUAGAGCAGGAUCAUCACCACUCCACUGGGGUUUCGGAUCAGGCUUUUGGUUGCGAAAUAUCCCACCAGACAGUGUUGGAACUGCGUAAUGUUGACGUGACAGCGAUGAACCGGCCUCAGGGAGAGGAAAGUGCACAAGCAGAAGGAAGCGAGAAAGCAGCAGCAGAGGUCAGGUAUGAGCCAAUCACAUCGUCUGAUAUACGUUUCAAUGGUCAGUGUAGCUCUGUGACGGUUAACAGCAACGUGUCAGAUGAAAAACUGGAUACUGGAUAUUCAGAAGGAAACCCCAUACAGACAAACAUUAGUCAGUGUGCAGACCGGCAUGUGGAAACGACAAUCUCCGUCAGUCAACCAAUGGAAAACACUGAUGUGAAUUCAGUGUCCAAAGAGUUGGCUUGUUGUGACGGUGAAACCAUAGCCCUGCAGUUGGAAAAUAGCUGUUCAGAACUGGACACUAUCCCAGAAGUUAGCCACGUUGAGCCAGAUGACACCCCUGCGCUGGAUCCUCGAAAGAACAUUGCCUCAGAUUUCAAUGAAAAUCCACAUGUUCAGCAGUCCCAUAUGGAUGUUAAACAUACAGGCUCUGAACAGCACACUGCAAACCUGCCACCGUGUCCUGCAGAGGUCAACGAUGAGCUCUCACCAGAGGGACUCCAUGGCAACCAAGCUCCUGGUUGCUACCUCAGUGAGUCACCUGCCCCUGAGGUGGCAGAUGGUCAGAGGGAACACCGGAGGCCGGGAGCCACAGUCUCUAGAAUGGAGGAGCCAGAGGAGGCCGCGCACACCGCUAUUUACGGAAACACACGUUCGGUUUUAGUAGGAACGAAUGCACCUGAAGAUCCAAAAGAGGACAGCGUGGUCAAAGUGCGUAUGAGAAAGCAUGAGCAUGCCCGUCUGGACUCAAUGGUGUUGCUGCUGAUGAAGCUGGACCAGUUGGACCAGGAAAUUGAGAACGCCCUCAGUGCCACCUCCUCCAUGGACAGCACGCCGACCCUUCAUCGACGAGAACUCCUGGAGUUUGAUUCAGCAGCAUCACAAAACCCUCAACAUCCACAUGUUCCUGCUGCCGCCACCUCAGGACCUGCACCGGCCCUCGGAGCAAAACCUAAGAGUGGGAGCACCUCCACCAUUCCUGAGACAGAAAAAGCUGAGAUCGAAGCCAAAGAGGCCUGUACGUGGCUCCGAGCAGCAGGGUUCCCACAGUACGCCCAGCUUUACGAAGAUGCCCAGUUCCCCAUCGACAUCUCUUCAGUCACCCGAGACCAUGACUUCCUCGACCGGGACGCUAUUGAGGCUCUCUGCAGGAGACUGAACACCCUCAACAAGUGUGCUCUAAUGAGACUGGAGAUAUCACCGCAAAGAAAAAGAAGCGAGGACUCCGAUGAGGACGAGCCUUGUGCCAUCAGUGGCCGCUGGACCUUCCAGAGGGACAGCAAGCGCUGGUCCCGUAUGGAGGAGCUGGAGGUUUUCUCCUCACUGCCCACAGACGCUGCCCUACCCCCAUUCCCCAAGGACCAAUUAUCCCAGAAAGGCAAGCUCGCCCUGUGUGAAGGCAAUAGUUCGGAGAGUGUGCUGACGGACCUCAGUGAGCAGCCUGAAGUGGGCUCCAUCCACAGCAGCGGGAGUGGAGGAAGAGUAGGAGGAGAAGAGAAGAGCCACGGCGCGGCCCUGUCAAACGAAGCUGCAACCGCCGGUGCCACUCGAGCCAGCUCUGUAGCUAGCAUGUGUUCGUCCUCGGGCACAGGCGGGUCAGGGUGCGCUAAUGAGGACUCUCUGUCUGAUGGGAUGCCUCCAUCGCCCCUGGAGACGCUCGGACAGUUCACCUUUGAUGUGAAAACAGGGAUGGUAGGACUAGUAGGAAGUCUGGACAGAGGAGGCGGCAGCGGCAAAAGCACACGCUCAAGAGCGAAGAGCUUCCUCAAGAGGAUGGAGAGUCUACGGCUGCGCAGCGGCACCUCCUCCAAGAGGAAGAAGAAGGGGAGCGCCACUGGAGGGAAGAUAGAAAUCAGUGGCCCUGUCAUCAAAGAGGGUCUGGACGAUGACAAGCUGCGGAGGCUCAACUGUGUGGACAUCUCCAGUCUCAACCUCAACCAGAACCUCAAUCACCACCGCAAUCCCACCCAGACUAUGACACUUAACCGGAAUCGCUCUGUAUCCUACUCCACUCAGACCAGCAACGGCAGCACUGGAAGUACUGGGAGCAGCCAGUCCGAAGCUAGCAGUGGAAGUGCAGUGAGCACACCGAGCCCGGUGACUCGCGCUCGCAGCCACAGCACAGCGGCAGGCUCUAGUAAGCGGGGAGGAAUGUAUUUGGAGGGUUUCGAUCCAUUCAGCGUUCCUGAACAAGCUUCGGGUUGCGAGCCAACGCCCCCACCCAAAUCCGCCCCACCCAUCCCCUGCCAAGCUAGUAAUGGGAUGACAGUUGAUGAGCAGAACCGCAGGAACAACUGCAGUGAUCGAGACAAUAGCAGACAUGCUGAAGAAGAAGAAGAAGAAGAAGAGGAGGAGGAGGGAGAGGACGGCAUGAUCUUCUUCUACUUACCGGAAGGUCACAAGCCUGGAACCUUCCCCAAAGCCCUGGAGGGCGGGAGUUCACGCAAUAACAAUGGGAAUGAUAACGGGAACUCUGUGAUCCUCAGGGGGCGGCAAAGUAGAUGCCAGCGCCAUUGCUCCUCAGACUCCGUCGACAGUCGUCUCAGUUUUUAUGACAACGUCCCCUACACUGAGAGGGAGGAGGAGGGAGAGGAGGAAGAGGGGGAUGAACGCAAACUGGAGCAAGUGCUACAACACGUCAGCGGCCUGCAGCGGUUUGUUAACGCCUGGUCAGAGGCUGUGGCCGGCGAGGAGGAGGAAGAGGAGGAGGAUGAAGAGGAGGAGGGAGACUCAGACUCAGCGCUGGACUCGGCCUCCCCGUGCCCGUCCUCCCCUCUGCAGAACCGGCUGGAGGAGACGGAGAAUGGGAGUGACCAAGACAGCACAGGAAACCCGCUGGGAGAGGGAGAGGAAGGGAUGAGAGAGAGAAGAGAUUCUGGUGUCGGGGCGUCUCUAACCAGAACCAGCAGACCACAGAAACUCCGCUGGCCCAGCUUCCAGAACUCCCACCGGCCAAGCUUGGCCUCGGCCCAGCUCCAGAUUAGCUGCCAAUCUGUGCUCCAGAUGAAUCUGCUCCAGAAGCUCUCGCUGCUGCAGCUCACUGCUCUGCUGGAGAGACACACCCCUACAAACAAACAUGGCUUCAGCUGGGCUGUGCCAAAGUUUAUGAAGCGCAUCAAGGUCCGGGACUACAAAGACAGGAAUGUGUUCGGUGUGCCACUACAAGUCAUCGUCCAGCGAACCGGCCAGCCCCUCCCUCAGGGAAUCCAGCAGGCCAUGCGCUAUUUACGCAACCAGUGUCUCGACCAGGUGGGACUUUUCAGGAAAUCAGGCGUUAAAUCUCGUAUCCAAGCUCUUCGUCAGAUGAAUGAGGCGAGCGGCGUGGAUGGGGGAGGCCUCAACUACGAGGGCCAAUCGGCAUACGACGUUGCAGACAUGCUGAAGCAGUACUUCAGAGAUUUACCAGAACCCCUGCUCACAAGCAAGCUGUCAGAGACCUUCCUCCAGAUUUAUCAGUACAUGCCUAAAGAGCUGCGUCUGCAGGCAGCCCGUGCCGCCGUGCUGCUGCUGCCCGAUGAGAACCGCGAGGCGCUGCGUACGCUGCUGUGUCUGCUGAGCGACGUGACGGCCAGCGUGUCUGAGAACCAGAUGACUCCCACCAACCUGGCUGUUUGUCUUGCCCCGUCCCUCUUCCACCUCAACACCCUGCGCCGCAAGGAGAGCUCCUCGCCGAGGGUGAUGAACAGGAAGCAGACACUAGGAAAGCCGGACCAGAGAGACCUGAAUGAGAACCUGGCUGCCACUCACGGUCUGGCACACAUGAUCCAGGAGUGCAGCAAACUCUUCCGGAUCCCAGAGGAGAUGAGUCGCUGCAGGAACUCCUACGUGGAGCAGGCUUUGCUGCCGCGACGCUUGGAGGACCUCGGAGGUCAGGAGGCCGGGCAGGGAGGUUUCAGGGCCUACCUGCAGGACAGCCUAGACGCCCUCCUCAAAGACGCCAAGGACAAGUUUAAAGGUUACGACAGCUGCUCCACCCCUGAGCACGCCGAACUCGCCUGUAGGAAGGUGCAUGAUGGCUUUCCACUGCGGCUGUGGAAGGUGACCGUGGAGGUGCCUGCGAGUCCCGAGGAGGUUCUCACGCGAGUGCUGCGGGAGCAGGGCUACUGGGAUGAGGACCUGCUCGAGAGCCGGGUGGUGGAGACCCUGGAUGAGAGGACCGAGGUCUACCAGUAUGUCAGGAACACCAUGGCUCCACAUCCCACCAGAGACCACCUGGUGCUCAGAACAUGGGUCACAGACCUGCCGAAGGGAGCGUGUGCACUGGUGUGUACAUCUGUGGAGCAUGAAAGCGCACGUGUUGUAGGCGUACGGACCAAUGUCCUCACCUCUCGCUACUUCAUCGAGCCCUGUGGAACCAACAAAUCCAGACUCACACAUAUUUCCAGGAACGACUGCAGGGGUCGUUUCCCAGAGUGGUACAAUAAAUUAUAUGGACACUUGUGCGCUGCCGAGGUGGCGCGGAUACGUGAUUCAUUCACAGUGCCCAUGGACAAAUGAAAAAGCUGUGUGCAACAGACUCAACGGCGCCUUUGAACCAUAGCACAGAGGACUCAAAAUGACUCAUUCCACCAGAGAGGAAGAUGGGGUCCAAGCCUUUUAACUGUCAUUUUAAGGACAAAUCCCAGAUUCUGGAUUGAAGGACUUUUUUUUUUGCUUUGAUUUUGUUACAACAGACUGAUGUUAUCGUUUUAAACUGUUCUGUUGGGGCGCUCAGUGUGCUGCCAAAAGGACUUGUGUCACACAAACACUUAUCUGGGCCAAAAGUGAUGUCGCUGAUACAGGAUGUGAUCCAAAGGGUGCUAUAGCUUCUGAGAAGCAAGGGUGUGUGUGAGUGUGGGUGUGUGUGUGUGUUUGCAUGAGUGUUUAAAGCAACAAACGGUUAAUACAUACAUAUUCCUCGCACUGGUUUUCCAGUGGCCACAUAAUGUGUACAUACAGUAUUCUGUUGACAGUAGUGGAUUGUGUCUGUCUUGUGUUACCUCUGUCCCUUUUUUCUGUUACAGCAAGGCACAGAAGGAGUAGUAGACAAUAUUGUGGUCAGAUGACUGAUGAAUCUAUGGGUGAUGAAAGAUGUGAAUGUGCUGGUUAUAUGCAGAGUGAGUAUAGAGACAAUAGGUGGGAUAUGGUGAGAUGACAGGUGGCUGAUAGCAGGGUUUUAGUGUUUCAGGAGAGGAAGGCAAAGACAGAUGAGAAUCGGUGGCUGGCACACCAAAAAGAAGAGAAAGGUUUAAAGAAACGGCCUCAUUUACUAACAUACAACUAGAUGUCUCCUCAUUUUGUUCUUGAAGAUACCAGGGCAAAAACUAGUUACUAUGCUAGUAACAAGGCAUAUUGCAAAAAGCCAGGAAACAGUCAUAAGCUCAUAAAGAAGAGGUUGUGAACGAGGAUCAGUGUUAUAGAAAAGGAAUGUUGUAUAUUUAACAAGAUCACACCAACAAAGCUAGAAUUUAAUACCAACAGAUCUACAUUAAUGGACCAAAUUUGAAAAAAGCUAAAAACAAGUAGCUUUCCAAUAUUGAACUUUUCCUCAAUAUUAAAAGGUUUAAGAGUUAGUGUUGUUAAGAGCACAGUCAAUUCACUUCGUCAUUGUUUUAGGCCACACAUCACUUGUAUAUGUUUAAAAAAAAAAAUAAGAAAAAAUAUUGAUUCGAUGUAUAUGAGAACAGAAAAACAAACAAUGCACUGUUCUCACUUGCAACAGAAACCUCUGGAGAGUCCUAUAAUAGAUGAGAAGUAAACAGAUAAAAUGGUCCUUUUAUAAAGGUGGAGAUUUUACAGGUUUUACUGUAAAGAAGAGGGCAGAUUGAAUGUUUGUGAUUUCAAAGGAAGGAAAACGAUCUUUGUGUAAGCUUCUUUCUCUGUACUGUCGUGUCAGUGUUUUUAAAAGAAGUAAGAGAUUUAGGUCCUCAUAACCUUCUUCAUUCAUAACACUCAUGCUUCAAUCUGAGGGCGCGCGUAUUUCGUGUUGAGUUGUAUGAUUAAUUCGCUAAGCCAUUGUUCCAUAUCGUAAAUGUUCAUACCUUAAACUGUGUCUCCGCCAAAUAAUAACGCAUGACAAUUACAGUUAAUUUAAAACAAAUAUAUUUAUACCUCAGAUAUAUGUUUGUUUUGUAUCAUACCAUUUUAUUUUAUUGUAAAUGUUAAGCUUCGUGUUACAGAAAUGAACAAAUGUUUUAUCUUUUUUAUUAAUAUUAUUUCUGUACAGGUUAAUCAAG